CCAACUCAGAAGAAACUGCAUUUCCUACUUUUAUGCUGUCUAUAUGUUUGACUUGCACAGCUCAGCUGGUCAGAGGAGUUGAGACAUCCGUUCCCCUACGAGAAUCUCUCUCGAGUCAAGCAAAAUGGAUUAUCAAACAUCAACUCCCCUCUAUGACAUUGAUUAUGGGAUGUCAGAGCCAUGCCAAAAAAUCAACGUGAGGCAAAUUGCAGGCCAGCUCUUGCCCCCACUCUACUCGCUGGUGUUCAUCUUUGGUUUUGUGGGCAACUUGCUGGUUGUCCUCAUCCUGAUAAACUGCAAAAAGCUGAAGAGCAUGACUGACAUCUAUCUGCUCAACUUGGCCAUCUCUGACCUACUUUUCAUCAUCACUAUCCCAUUCUGGGCUCACUACGCUGCAGACCAGUGGGUAUUUGGAAAUACAAUGUGCCAGUUAUUCACAGGGUUCUAUUUCAUUGGUUAUUUUGGUGGAAUCUUCUUCAUCAUCCUCUUGACAAUCGAUAGGUACCUGGCUAUCGUUCAUGCUGUGUUUGCUUUAAAAGCCAGAACAGUCACCUUUGGGGCAGUGACAAGUGGGGUCACGUGGGUGGUGGCUAUGUUUGCCUCUCUCCCAGGAAUUAUCUUUACCAAAUCCCAAAAGGAAGGCUCUCGUCAUACGUGCAGCCCACAUUUCCCAUCCAAUCAGUAUCAUUUCUGGAAGAGUUUCCAAACUUUAAAGAUAGUCAUCUUGGGGCUGGUGCUGCCUCUGCUUGUCAUGAUCGUCUGCUACUCGGGAAUCAUAAAAACCCUGCUCCAGUGUCGCAGCGAGAAGAAGAAGCACAAGGCUGUGAGGCUCAUCUUCGUGAUCAUGAUUGUCUACUUUCUCUUCUGGGCUCCCUACAACAUCGUCCUCCUCCUGAGCACCUUCCAGGAAUUCUUCGGCUUGAAUAACUGCAGUGACUCUAACAGGCUGGACCAAGCCAUGCAGGUGACAGAGACCCUGGGGAUGACGCACUGCUGCAUCAACCCCAUCAUCUAUGCCUUCGUGGGGGAGAAGUUCCGAAACUAUCUCCUACGGUUCUUCCGAAAGUACAUCGCCAGCCGCUUCUGCAAAGGCUGUCCAGUCUUCCAGGGAGAGGCUCCAGAGCGAGUGAGCUCCGUUUACACACGAUCCACGGGAGAACAGGAAGUCUCUGUUGGCUUGUGAUCUGACUCAGUUCAUAUAUGCAAACUGUGGGGGAGCAGUUCAAGAGGAAAUUACUGUCAACAAGGGUUUAAGAUUCAUCCAUCAAUUUGGCAUCAGCUCUAAAUAUAUUAGAUAUUUCAAGCCCAUCAAUUCUAGAAAGCCAAAGCAAAACACGCUGAUGAAAUAGCAAUCUUCUCACCGCCCCCCUCCACAUACAACAAUUUAUUGGCAAGCUCUCCCCUCACUACAAAAGGUUCAAUGUUUAAAAAAAAAAAUCCUCAGAGAAUUAUUAAUUCCUGAGUUUGGUUACCUGAACAGGAAUAACAAAAUGAACUGAGGAAAGUAUUGUAUAGUUUCUUAUCUGGGUAGGGCAAUAGCCAGGUUGCAAAUGUGAUUAAAAUAGGUCCUUCUCUUGCCAUGGGGAGAAAAGACAUGCCGGUGAUCAGAUAAGGAAUGACAUCUUCCAUGUGGGAUCUCUCCCAAAAGGUACGUUAAUAAGUUCCACAGACACUGAUGCCAAGGAAGAGCCCUGUGGUCUGCUGAGAGCUGGGAAGGCUUCUUCGCAGAAAAGGUACUGGAGGCCAAUGGUCUGUCAGCGGAGAAGGAAGCUGAGCUCCAGGAUGCAGGCACUGCACAGGCAAAACUUGGCUGUGGGGAGACAGGCACUGGCUGGGGGAGCUCCUGGGAGGAAAAAUGAGGCUGGUGCAUGAGAAAACUGGACGGCAUUGCUCAUCAAAUUCAGAGAGCAGAGUGGGGAGCCCUGGCCAAUGUUGCAGAAAGCUCAUUCUGUAACCAAAGGAUGGCCUGGAAAGGUGAGCAUUCAGGUCAAGGAGACCAGCAACAAUGUGAUCAAGUGAGGAGGCUCCACUAAAGUUGAAGCCAGAGAUGGGAAGGAUGGAUACCACCUCACAGCACUGAGGAUGAGAGCCAGCAGAAUUUGGGGUGGAUUUGGCUUGGCAGUGAAGGGCAGAGAGG